CGUAGAUAUGAAUUUGGCUAAUGGCUCCGAUCAUCUAAAAUAAGGAAUUCCAAUUCCCACUACGAACGACGAACACGUGUAUCCCACGAUCAAUCGUAUCGUCUGGAUAUGAAAUUUCCUGAAAUUCGCUUUUUGUUGCCGUCAAGAUGAGGUACGAAUUCAUUUUUCUUUUUCACAGUAAUCUGAUCACUUCCUUAGUGGCAUUUCCACCACCAACUUCAGAAUUCCGGUCGCCGCUUUCCGCCGUCGACCGCCGCAGAGCACAAAAUUCCAGUCCAAGAGAGGAUGGUGGUUUUAACUUCUAAAUGGUGUGGGCGAGGAAGAUGCUUGUUUCCAUUGCUUGCUACCCAGAAGCUUAGUUCACCGAGGAAGAAAUUUGAAGUGAUUAAGCUAUCCAAGGCCACCAAUUCUGAGACUAAUACCAAGAGGGCAAACUUAUUCGUCACAAGGAAGGAAAAGAUCAAAUUGCCCAGUUACAGUGACAGCCGCGGAGGCAGGACGUAUCAUAUCAGCGAAUUCCUGUGUCACCCUUCAGGAAUUGAAGCAAUGCUUAACAAAAAUGCCUUGCAAAGUUUUCAGUUACUUGAUGCAAACACAUACAGAUGCACUCUGCCCAGUUUGCAACUUCUGAACUUUGAAGCUGCCCCUACACUGGAUUUACGAGUAAUCCCAACAGACAAGGAUUUUACCGUUGAGAUGCUCUCGUGCAAGUUCGAAGGUUCGGAAUUGGUGGAACGCCAGAACGAUCACUUUUCGGCCCUGAUGAUUAAUCACUUGACAUGGAAGACAGUUGAUUCAAAUUCGUUUCUGGAAGUUGAUGUGAAGUUGAAUCUGUCUUUGGAGAUUUAUACACUCCCCUUCACCCUGAUGCCUACAGCUGCUGUGGAGAAUCCAGGGAACUUGAUGUUACAAGCUCUCGUGGACAGCCUUGUACCUCUGCUGCUGCGGCAAAUUGUGCAAGAUUAUGAAAAAUGGAUCCGUCAGCAGCGGGAUCAUUCAAUUAUGUCUCCAUCUCUUGAUGCAACUGGAAGUUAAACAUAGCCCGCCAUUUCCAGAUUUGCGAUAAUCUGUUUUGUUAUGUCAAGGAAGGCCUUCUAUUUCGUUCGAUUACAGAUGAUAGACCACGGUUGAAAGCGUACCGAAGCCAAACGCAAAGGAAGUUUGAGCAGAUUCUGUCAGCACAUUACACUAGAUUAAGAUAAGAGAUGCUUGGUAAGCUUGGGAUCCAUCUCCCAUGGCUUCAAAAGGAAAAAACCAUUAGUUCAAGUACAAUAUAGUGAAAAGUUUAUAUGUUACUACUAGACUUCACUUUUUUUCUGGGAAUCCUCCCUUUAGUAAUAGGGUUGAGGUUGAAUGGAGAUAUAAUAAGUAUUUCUGUAUGGUUCUCAAAUUUAAAGAAACAAGUGAUUUAAUGUGAGAAAUAAUGUUGUAUUCUA